GCAUUCGUGCACUCGCUGACCGCGUGAUCGCGUGGGGUCGCCGCGUCGUUAUCUCGCUGGCGAGACUGGUGCUUUUAUACAGUUGUGAUUUUGACUGGAAUCCCGCGUAGCUGUGAUAAUGUUGGCCAGUAAAGUACUGCGGUACACGAGAGUCCCGAGUAUCGGGUCUUUACAUAACCUGUCCACUUCGCAUUCGCUUAUGGAUGCGAUCAGAAAUGUCACUGUAAUAGGGGGAGGAUUGAUGGGAUCAGGAAUCGUGCAAGUUGCAGCACAGACAGGACACAAGGUCACCCUGGUGGAUAUGAAGGAUGAGUUCCUCAGCAAAUCAAUGGCCAAUAUUGAAGGCAGCAUCAAGCGUGUUGCCAAGAAAAAGUACAAGGACGACGCCGGCUCCGCCGACAAGUUCAUCUCCGACUCUUUGGCGCGCGUCUCCAUGACAACAGACACGCUGUCGGCCGUCAAGGACGCUGACCUUGUGAUCGAGGCCAUUGUGGAGAACCUGGAGACGAAGCAGAAGUUGUUUAAGGCCAUCGACGAGGUGGCGCCCGAAGGCACCAUCUUCGCGUCCAACACGUCGUCGAUCCCGAUCUCACGCAUCGCUGAGCCCACCGGCCGCAAGGACAGGUUCGGAGGCCUGCACUUCUUCAACCCGGUACCGGUCAUGAAGCUGCUGGAGGUGGUGUCGAUCCGCGAGACGUCCGAGCAGACGACGCAGCGGAUGAUGGAGUUCGGCGCCGCCAUGGGCAAGGUGACCGUGCGCUGCAAGGACACGCCCGGCUUCGUGGUCAACCGCCUGCUAGUGCCGACCAUGAUGGAGUCGGUCCGCAUGCUGGAGCGCGGGGACGCCUCUGCGCGGGAUAUCGACACUGCGAUGAAGCUGGGCGCGUCCCACCCGAUGGGACCAUUCGAGCUGGCCGACUACGUGGGCCUGGACACAACCAAAUUCAUCAUCGAUGGCUGGCACCAGGACUACCCCGACAACCCGCUGUUCAACCCCAGCCCGCUGCUGGACAAGCUGGUGGCCGAGGGAAAGCUGGGACGCAAGACCGGCGAGGGCUUCUACACGUACGACAAGAAGUAGGCGGCCAGCCGGUCUGUGAACCAGUGUGAUGACGUCAGACCGCGGCGGACGGCGGGAG